AUGUUGGUUUUCAUCUGGAUAAUUGUGUCUCUCUCUACUAACAACGGUGCAUUAGGACAGAAAAAAGAGUGUCAACAACCUGGUUACUGUGUUACUCUCUCUACAACCAUAACAGCAGAGGCUGGACUCUGUGCUGUGAUACCAUGUUCUUUCAAAUCUGAAUUUGAGCCAAAAGCUAUUAUUUGGUUUAAAUGCGAAAAACCCCAAUACCGAUGUACACAUUCUGACCCUGUCUUUCACUCUGACAAGAGCAAUACAGACGUUCAGCCUGGGUUCAAAGGUCGAGUAUCACUGCUGGAGCCUGAUGUGACUAAUAGGAACUGCAGCAUCAUAAUCAAUGAUCUUAGCAAGUCUGAUUCUGGAUAUUAUCUGCUCAAAGUUGAAGGAGACAGAAGUGGGGAUAAAUAUUAUUAUACUGUUUUAUACACCAAUCUCUCUGUAAAAGAUCUUCACCAAAAGCCAGAAGUAAAGAUUUCUCCUCUGAUUGAGGGACAGCAGGUCACUCUGAGCUGCACUGCUCCUGGUUUCUGCUCUGGGUCUCCUCCUAAAAUCACCUGGAUGUGGAGAAGAAAAGGAGAGGAGGACUCUUACAUCCAGGGAAACAUCACUGCUUCAAAAACUGAGAAUCUGACUGCUGUCACAAAGAGUCACAGCUCAACUCUGACCUUUAAACCUUCAGUUGAAAACCACAACACCAUUAUAACCUGUCAGGUCAGUUUCACAGGAAAUGAAACCAGAAAGAGGACUGCAACACUGAAUGUAAACUACUUUAGAAAACCUCAGAUCUUUGGCAAAACAACAGUAAAGGAAGGAGAUCAUCUGAAUCUGACCUGCAGUGUUGACAGCUUCCCUUCCACAGUUAUAAAGUGGAAUAAAGUUGGAACAGAUUGCAACCUGCAGUACAACAUUUUAAACAAGUCUUAUAACAGCACUGAAACAUUCCUGAAUGAAAGUCAUCAUAAUUCUUCUUUGCUCAUCAUUGAUGUAACAUCAGAAGACGCUGGACGCUACAGUUGUACAGCAACAUACCAGAAUGACACCCUGACAAAAGAAGUCAUUGUUAAUGUAAAAUACCUCAGAAAUCCUCAGAUCUUUGGUGAAACAUCAGUAAAGGAAGGAGAUGAUCUGAAUCUGACCUGCAGUGUUGACAGCUUCCCUCCCUCAGUUAUAAAGUGGACUAAAGUUGGAACAGAAACUGACCUACAGCACAUUUCUAAUCAUUCUCACAAGACCACUGAAUAUACCAAGUGGAAACUUGGAAAUGGUUCUUUUUCCAUCACUAAUGAGUCAGCAGAAGGGUCAGGGCUUUACAUUUGUACUGUGGAACACCUGAUGGAAGAAAUCAACGUAACAUUAACAUAUAAAAGGGACCCUCAGGUUUUUGGGAAAGCAACUGUAAAGAAAGGAAUUUUUCUCAAUCUGAGCUGCAGCAUUGACCGCUUCCCUCCAUCAGAUAUCAGAUGGAUGAAAUCUGAAACAGAAACCGGUUUAAAUAAAAAUAUUUCAGAAGUACAUUACAGCUCGGAAAUAUAUCAGCAAUAUCAACUUGGAAAUGCCUCUUUUACUAUCAAAAAUGUAAGUAUGGAGGAUGCAGCGCCUCACAUUUGUACAGCAACAUAUCAAGGCACGGAAGGAGAAAUCCACGUUAAAUAUAAAAUGAGGCCUAAGACUAUUGGAAACCAGACUAUAAAAGAUGCUCUGAAUAUGGCCUGCACUGAAAAUAGCUUUCAUCCAUCACUUAUAAUUUGGACUGAUCAUGCAGGCAGCAUAAAACCAACAAGCAACACUAGUCUCCACAAGAUCGGUGCACCUGAUAAACUUGUCAUCUUCAACAUAACAAGAGAAGAUUCAGCAAGAUACGUUUGCACAGCAACAUACAUGAACAGCAAGAUGACUGUGUAUGCUGACAUAAAAGUGACCUGGCUUCCAAAGGUAGUGAAUGGUUCUGGAUGUCGACGUUGCUCAAAGGUUUUAAUCUGUAGUUGCAUCAGCGAUGGGUUUCCUUUACCCACCAUAAAAUGGCCGUUGCUGAACAACCACACAGAAUACUCUGUCAUCAACAUGGUGUCAACCCACAUUCUCAACAGCACUGUUACCAUAAAUGUUGAUAUCCUUAACAGCACGAGUGUUGAAUGUAUAAGCAGCAAUGUGAAUGGGGAAGCACAAGAAAAACUCAGAGUCCAAAAACAUUGUCAAGGACCAGAAGCUAAUCAUGUGACACAUUGUGAGUCUGGCCAUGCAGCUCUUCCCUGGGUCGUUGCUGGUGUUUCGCUUAGUGUAAAUGUUCUCUGUAUGAUCUACAUUUGGCUCCUUUGGAAUGCAAGAAAAAAGAUGAAACCAACUGAAGGUGACCCAACUUACAUGUCUCUACAGAAAUCUGAUACAUCAGCAGAGUAUGACACCAUUGUCCAACGACCACGCUGACAUGUCUACAGAAAUCAUUGGAACUUGCAUCUAACCUGCUAAAAACUGGACUUUUAUUAAAUAUACUGUUAAGGGAUGCAAAAGAAAAGAAGAGAGCAUGUAUGUGAAUGCUGUGUCGAUUUAUUUAGUUAUUUGAUGUUUCUUAGCUUCUUUCAUCUGUUGGUUUUGGUUACUGAAGUUUAUUAUUUAGUUUAUUUUCACUAUUUAUCAAAGGUAUAGUGGACAGAUUUUACAGUAAUGUAAAUAAGAAACUCCUAAGUCAUUUUCUGGCUAUAUCGACCGUUUCCACGGUGAUGUGGUUAAAGUCUCAGACUGAAAUGUGGGGAUUCAACCCCAUAUGGACCCCUGGGUGUGUCAGGAAGGGCAUCUGGUGUAAAAUCUUUGCAAAGUUUACCAGCUAGUUCUAAUGAUUUAUGGCGAACCUUGAAUAAGGGAGCAAGGACAUACACUGUUCUAAGCCUUUCUUCUCAACUUAUAAAUUGGUAAGAUUCUUUUUCUCCCUGAGAAUGUGAGACAUUUUAGUGUUUGAAAACAGUAGUUGAUCCACAAUGAAUGAAUGAAGCUUACAUGUUAUAUAAACCCUAGACAUGCACCUGUGCAGGAAGAAAAGAGGACAUUACAAAGAUCGGCAUGUGGGACAAUCAUUGCUUAUGAUGCUACCCCUGGGACUCAAAGCUGAAAGAUCAUCCACUAUACCUUAAAGUACUUUUAUGUUGAAUGUUGAGGCAUCUAUUUUCAUGUUUGCAGCUUUGCCAAAAAAUAUCUGCUUUAAAAUAUUUUUUAUUCUUUAUAAGUUUAUAUUUCAGUCUUAAUGGAGUUUCAAACUAUGUUUGCUCAUUUAUCCAACGUUUUUAUGCUCAUUAGAAAAUAAUUUGUCAAAGAACAAAUGAUAAUUUAAAAAAAUGUAUGCAAGUAUUACUUUUCUUGAAGAGUUGGUGAAAAUUAUUUGAUAACAUCUUUGAACUAAUGUAGAAACACACAUCUUUCAGUUGUAUUGUUGACAUUGAUGCUAGAGCAUGAAUAUCAGAACAAACUUCAUUGUCCAGGUUUCUGAGCACAACAAGGGAUUUUUUUUUACUUUGGGUUUCAUCUCUCACAUCUGGAAUCUGCAUCAGUCCAAACAUUUUA